AUGAAAAUUUUAAGACAAUAAGGAAAAGAAAAAAGUAGGAAGAACUGGAGAAGGAGAUUUAAUUUGUCCUCUCCUCUCUUUUACCGCAAGCUUGUUUGACCAUCGCCACCACCUCCUCUUCUCCUUCUCCUUCCUCUCUUCUUCCUCAACCCUCUGAAAUUCAUCAUUCCACAAUAUUUUCUCCCGCGUUUGUAUAUCUCUUGACCCAUCUCCAUUCUGUUUUCACAUGAUUCAGCUGAUCUUCAUUCAAUCCUCCGAUUUCCGAAAACGAAGCAGAAAUCUGCAGCUGCGUCAAAAUGGGUAUCUGUAAUUCCACCACCAGGGACAGCGGCCCCAGCAGCGCCCCGAAACCCGCGGCCGAAACCGCCGCCGACGCCCACCACGAUAAAUGUAACGCCGCCUGGCCUGUCGCCAAGAUACGCCCCCCGUUCAAAUCAAAAAAGCAAGAGGGGUCUCGUCAUAAGCCCAAGGAUAAACAACAGAAGCAGAGGCAGUCUCCGCAUAAUGUGAAGAAUAACUCUAGAAGGCAGAAUGGGUCGAUCCCUUGUGGGAAAAGAACCAAUUUUGGGUACGACAAGGAUUUUGAUGCGAGGUACACGAUUGGGAAAUUGCUGGGCCAUGGCCAAUUUGGUUAUACGUAUGUUGCAGUUGAUAACCGCAAUGGAGAUCAUGUUGCUGUCAAGAGAAUUGAAAAGAACAAGAUGGUUCUCCCAAUUGCUGUUGAGGAUGUCAAGAGAGAAGUCGAGAUAUUGAAAGAAUUAGCAGGUCAUGAGAAUGUGGUUCAGUUCCAUAAUGCUUUCGAUGAUGAUUCAUAUGUAUAUAUAGUUAUGGAGUUAUGUGAGGGUGGAGAGUUACUAGACCGUAUAUUAUCUAAAAAAGAUAACCGUUAUGCAGAGAAAGAUGCAGCAAUUGUUGUAAGGCAGAUGCUGAAAGUUGCAGCAGAAUGCCACUUACAUGGUUUGGUACACCGUGAUUUGAAGCCCGAGAACUUCUUGUUUAAGUCGGCAAAAGAGGAUUCACCAUUGAAAGCUACCGAUUUUGGACUUUCGGACUUCAUAAGACCUGGAAAGAAGUUCAACGACAUUGUUGGGAGUGCAUAUUAUGUUGCUCCAGAGGUAUUGAAACGUAGGUCAGGCCCAGAAUCAGAUGUGUGGAGCAUAGGUGUAAUUACUUACAUUUUGCUUUGUGGCCGUCGGCCCUUCUGGGAUAAAACUGAGGAUGGCAUCUUUAAGGAGGUUCUUAGAAACAAGCCUGAUUUUCGGCGGAAACCAUGGCCAACCAUAAGUGAUGCCGCUAAAGAUUUCGUGAGGAAGUUGCUAGUGAAAGAUCCUCAUGCAAGACUUACUGCUGCCCAAGCUUUAUCUCAUCCAUGGGUUCGAGAAGGAGGUGAAGCUUCAGAUAUUCCACUAGACAUAUCCGUUCUAGCCAACAUGCGACGCUUUGUGACGUACAACAGAUUGAAGCAGUUUGCCCUUCGGGCAUUGGCUGGCACAAUUGACAAGGAAGAGCUGGCUGAUCUACGAGAUCAGUUUGAUGCAAUUGAUGUGGAUAAAAAUGGAGCCAUCAGUCUCGAAGAAAUGAGACAGGCCUUGGCAAAGGAUCUUCCUUGGAAGUUGAAAGAAUCACGCGUUGUUGAAAUCCUUCAAGCGAUUGAUAGUAAUACUGAUGGACUAGUAGAUUUCUCGGAGUUUGUAGCAGCAACGGUUCAUGUGAAUCAGCUGGAGGAACACAAUUCAGAAAAAUGGCAGCAGAGGUCCAGGACUGCUUUUGAAAAAUUCGACGUUGACAAAGAUGGAUUUAUAACACCAGAGGAAAUCAAAAUGCACACGGGUCUGAGGGGUUCGAUAGACAUGCUUCUAGAAGAAGCGGAUAUCGACAAAGACGGGAAGAUCAGCUUGUCGGAAUUCCGCAGGCUCUUGAGAACUGCAAGUAUGAGCUCAACCAGUGUCACUCCAAGAGCUAAUCAACAUCGACGAAAGAUGUAAUUCUUUACCAGCCUAGCCUGCUUUUGCCUUCCUUCUAUAACAUCAUUAGCACCAACACUGUAAAUUGUUUGUUGCUGCUCUUCAACAUCUUUUUGCUCUUCCAACAUCUAUGUAUCAAUUCAUUCUACUUUAUUAAAUCAAUUUCAUUUUUCCGUUUCUUGUA